GAGGAUCACAGCGAGAUUGAAUCCAUUAUCAUUACACAUUGGCAUAAUGACCAUGUUGGUGGCAUUCCAAGCGUUAUCAAAGAGGUCAUUGGACAUGAGGUGAGCUUAUCAUUUUCCUCUACUAGGAAAUUGUGUAGAUUAGAAGUGGAGGCUAUCGGUAAACAAGCGCAGUAUGGUCUUUUCCAGGUCCCAAUCUACAAAAUCCGGCGGGGAGCUGCAGAAGAUCCUGCGCAGUUCCAAUUUGUACAAACUCCUGGUCAUACAUGCGAUCAUGCAGCUUUAUAUCUUAAAGAAGAAGAGACUUUGUUCAGUGGUGAUUGCAUACUGGGUGAAGGCACAACCGUUUUCGAGGAUCUUCACGACUAUAUGAGAAGCUUGGAGAAGAUCAAGGGCUUGCAUCCAAAGCGGAUCUACCCCGGACAUGGUCCUGUAGUCGAGAAAUGUGAUGAAAAAGUGGACGAAUAU